GUGUGAUUUUUUUGAGGUUAUCCCUAACCUGUUGUAAACAUACUGUUUAUGUUAAAUAAAUAUUUAAAAAUCAUGUUAUAAUAACUAAUUAUAAGCUUAAAUUGGCUUCGAACCUUACUAUAAUGGAUUUCGCUAGAAAACAACUCGAGAAAUACGGCUGGACCGAUGGUAAAGGUUUAGGUAAGAAUGAAAAUGGUAUAUCCCAAGCGUUGAAGCCGAAGUUAAAGAGAAGCGUAACAGGCGUAGGCCACGAUGCGGCGUCUGACUUCACGGAACACUGGUGGACGACGCUGUAUAACAAGGCAGCUGGUAAUGUUGAGGUUGAAGAGAAGAAUGGCAAAACGCAAAAGAUAAAGACAAACACGGAUGACUUCCAAAUAUCAAACAGUACCUGGAAACUGACAAAAACAAAAAAUAAAUCAACCGCAGAAAAGGAACAGUAUGUGGACUAUUUUGUUAAAAAAGCGACUUUGACAAACGGGGGAGUUAAAAUGGAAAAAGUGGAGGAGUCGGACUCGGAGAGUGACGGGGAGAAGAAGGAUGGGUUCAAGAUGACGGAUGAGGAGCUUUUUGCGGCCUGUGGUGGACGGACAGCACAUAAAGGCGCAAGACAUGGAUUGCGGGCUUUAGGCAAAUUAGCGAGAAUUGAACAACAAGAACAACAUUUGCUUGAACAAGAAAAGUAUGAAGGUUACUCGCAUUAUGAAAAGAAAAAGAAAAAUAAAAACAAACCUGCCAAUGAACUACAAGUUGAAGAUUUAAAUUUGAACAGUGACACGGAAGUUUCUAAAACCAAGAAGAAGAAAAAGAAGCGUUGCUCAAACAGCGACAGUCUAACGGAAAUAGGGAAUGGUAACAUCGAAGUGGCUGAAUGCACAGAGUCUGAGCCUAAGAAAAAUAAAAAGAAACGCAAACUGACAGAUGAAAAUGUUGCCAGUGAUAUCGGAGAGGAAAAUGGUAGAAAAACGAAGAAAUUAAAAAACGUUGAGAAUGUUUCGGAUCCUGAUGUUGGAUGUCUUUUCAAAUCAAAAAAGAAAAAGCGGAACGAAAAUAUGGUAUCAGUGCCGAAGGAUGAAGCGGAAUCGAAUACGAAUUUCUUAAAAACAGACGGAAAGUACGAGUUCCUAGACAACGGUGUGGUUCGGAAAACGAAGAAGAAAAAUAAAAAGUCAAAAUGACAUUCACUUUU